AUGAGAGUAUACGACGAGUAUGAAUUGUACGAGAACAGCCGUCGGUUUCUAGUUGUACCGAAGGUGUUACCCAAUCACCAAAAGAAUAAUGCUACCAACCAACAACAAACAAGUAGCUCUACAACAACUGCUCCGAUGAGAAGAGUUCUGAACUAUGAAAAUAUGUGUCUCAUUGAUAGGGAUACCCAACUUGUUUCAAGACUUUCCAUCAAUCCAUCCGAUACACAAAUCAAGGAUAACGUCUUCAAAAAGAUGAAGACCAUGACCCGUAUAUUUGGUGUUCUUGGUAUUGUUACAUUGGUUUCUGGUCCUUUCCUUGUGGUAAUACUGGAAAAGGAGUACAUCGGAAUGAUCCAAAAACACAAGAUUUACAGAAUCAAAAAGAUUCAAUUCAUUCCAUUUAAACCUUCUAGCUUCAAGUCUCAAACUGAAGAAAUGAAGGAAAAAGAAAUUCAGUAUAUCGAGAUGAUGAAUAGAGUCAUUGUUGAUGACAAUAGUUUUUACUUGAGCUACUCGCUUGAUUUAACUCAUCACUUACAAAAUACCUUCUCUACCAAUCUUGGUCAGGAUAUGGAAAACUUGGGUGGUUGGCGCAAUGCUCACAACAAGUAUUUUUGGAACAGAACCAUGCUCCAGUCUCUCAUGACAAAGCAAAUGGAUGGUUUUAUUCUUCCUGUCAUUAGAGGCAUUGUUGAAAUUUCUUCAUGUACAAUUAAUGGAAAAGUUUUCACAUUUGGUAUUAUUUCCAGAACUAGCACAAAAAGAGCAGGUACAAGAUACAUCAUGAGAGGAGCUGACGAAAAUGGUUACGUUGCGAACUUUGUUGAGAGCGAGCAGUUUGUAUACUAUGACGGUAUUUUAUCUGCUUUCCUCCAAAUUCGUGGAUCUAUCCCCUUGAUUUGGACUCAAGAAGCCAAUCUCAAAUAUACCCCAGAAAUUAAGUUUUUGACAGACAAGCAAAAACAACAAUUGGCCUUUGAUAGACACUUCCAAUAUGUUUUGAGAGAAUAUCAAAAUAAUGUGACAGCGGUUAAUUUAUGCAAAAAAACAGGUCAAGAGAGUAGACUUAGUGAGCUUUAUACCAGUUAUGUUAAAAAUGUACCUGGUGUUACCUACAUUCAUUUCGAUUUCCACAAUGAAUGUAAGAACCAUGAUACAACCAAACUCUUCACAAUGUUUUUGCCAAGUAUUAAGGAUAGUAUGAGAAAUAUUAAAUAUUUCGCAGCAAAGCUGGAGGACAGCAAGGAAGAUGGAACAUGGUUACCUGAUGAUGGAAAGGCCUUUUCUUUCUUGGGUCGAACUGUCUCAACACCUCUGUUGUCAGCACCUUGGGAUGACGAGAUGAGUACCACAACCAGUACAUCUGGAUUCGAUGAUGAUUUUAAUUCACAAUUUCCAAACAAUGGCAACAAUGGCAAACAAAAUAACUCCAGUUUAUUAGAUUUUGGAGAAUCUACAACAUUCCCUAUUCAGCAGCAAGUUCCACAACCACAUCUCACCUCUUCUAUUUCUACUCCUCAAGUGAAUUUGGCUUCCAUUGAUGAUCCUUUCGCUGAUGUACUAAAUUCAAAGUCGACUGAAAUGGAUGUCAAAGUUUUUGAGAUGCAAAAUGGUGUGUUCCGUGUUAACUGUAUUGAUUGCUGUGACAGAACCAAUUACAUUGAGACAUUUAUUGCAAAAUAUGUCAUGAUGGAACAACUUUAUCGAAUGGGAAUCACAAAAUCCAGAGAGGAUCGAAUGGAAAAUUACCCAGAUUUCGAACAAGUUUUUAGACAAUUUUGGGUGAACAAUGGUGAUAGAGUUUCUAUUUUGUACAGCGGAACUGAAGCCCUCAAAUUCCAAAAGAGUGCUCAAGGUUUAUUGAACGAUGGUGUGAACUCUGUGAAACGAUACUUCCUUAACAACUUUAAGGACAGUGAACGCCAGAAAGCUAUAAAUCUUGUGUUAGGGCUUGUGGAUGUGAAUUCAGCCGAAGAGCAAGAAAGCAAUAGCCCUGCUAAUAUUGUUCAAGAUCUGUUGAUUUUCUAA